UGGAGGGGCAGAUUCUCGGUGGCCUGGCAUCUCUGUACCUUACAUUGGAAAUAACCUCAUAAUCCCGAUGAUAAGGGUUACGAUGUUUUCGGUUUCAUAGGGUAACAACUAUUUAUAAAACGAGCUAAUCCAUUGUGUGCCAUUUAAAAUGGUAGAACACUCGUUAACAGCAUCAGGCCCUCAAUAACUCACCGCGUAUCUUAGCGUUAAUUACUGCGAUUACUAAUUCCGUGAUGAAGCAAAUAUAUCUCUGAGAUCAGUGUCCCGCCUUCGUUUAAAAUUUUUUCGCAUCUCUUCGACCAUGGCUCUUUUAGGAGCUCAACUAGUUAUCACCCUGAUUAUGGUCAGUGUCAUUCAGAAAUUGACUCCUCAUUUCUCUUUGGCAAGAUGGUUUUUAUGUUCUACUGGGUUGACACGUUAUUUGUGUCCAACUGAUCAACAGCUUAGAACUCUUGCUGGUGUGCCUAAGGAGAAACCCAAGAAGGGCAAGCAUGUAGAAAACGGAAAGGUUGGAGAUGUUUUUCAUGUUCCUAGAAAUUUGAAUGUUACACUCGAGAGUGCUAAGAUAGCUGCAUUAGACGUGGUACAUUUAAAAUAUUAUAAUGAUUAUCAAUGGUUAUUGGAUUUUUCUGUAUAUGCUACUGCAGUUUAUAUUAUGACAGAGGUAUACAAUUCUUUAUAUCCAAUCAAAGAUGAAAUUAAUUUAAGUAUGCUUUGGUGCUUGUUAGUCUUGGGUUUUGCAUUCAAAGUGUUACUUUCUCUCUGGGUACAAUAUUUCAAAGGAGAGGAGAGCAUAGGUGAAAGAUCUACAUGCAUUGUAACUGGAUCUGCUUAUCUUGUCAUAGCUAUGAUGAUUCUCAUUGUAGAUGAGAAUACUCUUGAAAUCGGUUUAGACAAGGCUUAUGCAAGUUUUAAUCAUAGCGCAUCCCUCUUUCUAGACAAUCAAGGUCUUUCCUCUACAGGACCUGCAUCGAAAGUUGUGGUCAAAUUCUUCCUUGCUUUGUGGUGUGGUUUAGUUGGUUCUUUAUUUACUUUCCCAGGACUGAGAAUAUCGAAGAUGCAUUGGGAUACAUUGAGAUAUUACAAAGAUCAGAGGUUAUUAUUGUUGUUAGCAAAUAUUAGUUACGCCUCUCCACUUAUAUUAGUGAGUUUAUGGAUUAAGCCUAUAAGCAGACAUUACCUCACAGUCAGAGUGUUUAGUGGUAUGAAUGGACCACUGAUGACAACGUCAGGUUUUGAGAGUAUGAGAUUAAUCGCAAUUAUUAUUGCAGUUCUAUUAAGAUUUAUUCUAAUGCCAGUGUACUUGCAAUCAUACCUCAACUUAGCUGUGCAACGAUUGGAGAAUCAAAAGAAAGAAGCUGGUAGAAUUACGAACGUGGACUUACAAAAAAAGAUUUCUGCUGUAUUUUAUUAUCUGUGCGCCGUUACCCUACAAUUUAUCGUACCGAUAAUUAUAUGUUUAUUUUUUACAUUCAUGUACAAAUCUUUAGGUGGUUAUACAUGGAAUGGCUUUUUAAGAGGAUCAUUGCUCGAAGAAUGUUCAGCUGACGAAGCAUUAAAAUCUACAGCUAACGUAAACAGAGAUGAUAAUGAGAAAACAGUUGUUCAAACGGCACAAGACUUUCAACUUGCUCUCAGUUCCUUCAAACAGAUAUUUACCACGGAUGUAUAUAGAGGAUUAUUAGGCUUAGCAACAUGGUGGAGUUGCUUCGCGUUGUUCGCGACAUCCGCCAUGGGUAUGCUUUACCAGUCGUACUUCUCUGCUGUUUAGGAAUCUGAUUACUGUGUACUGCGUGAUAUCAUAAGCGAUCUAGUAAAGGGGAAAAAGUUUAUCGAACGAUUGCUAUUCAU